CUUCAACGAUGUCUCAAACAGCGUCACAUUCAAAUGAUUGCUAUCGCUGGGACCAUUGGAACAGGAUUGUUCUUUGCUUCAGGACUCGCUUUGAAACACGCCGGUCCUUUGGGAGCAUUGCUCGCCUACGCUCUUGUUGGUAGCGUCGCGUAUGCGUCGCUCUGCUCCUUUUGCGAAAUGACAACCUGGGCUCCGAUCUCAGGUACCUUUCCGCAUUUCGCUGAGCGAUGGGUAGACCCCGCUCUAGGCUUCGCUGUCGGCUGGAACUAUUUUUAUACCAAUGCUAUUUCAACGGCUGUCGAAAUCAAGGCAGCCGUUAUUCUGAUGACGUACUGGGAUAAAAAUAACCAUCACGCUGCCUAUUACACAAUUGCCAUUGUGGUUCUGAUUUGUAGCCUUAAUCUCUUUGGCGUCAGAUGGUUUGGAGAAGCGGAAUUUGUCUUCUCCACGAUUAAAAUUAUGUUGAUCAUCGUGCUACUCAUCGUUGGACUCGUUAUCGAUUUAGGAGGUGGUUCAGAUCAUGACCGCAUCGGCUUCAGGUACUGGAAGGACCCAGGAGCGCUUGCUAGCCCAGGGUUUGUAAAGAAUAUUUAUCUCGAUAGGUUCCUCGGGAUCAUUUCUGCAAUUGUUUUGGCUGCUUUCUCCUACCAAGGCAUGGAGUUGGUUGCGAUCGCAGCCUCAGAGACUGAAAGUCCCCGCCGUAACAUUACAAAGGCAGUGCACCGCGUCAUCUAUCGUAUCAUUAUCUUCUACAUGUUAGGCAUUCUUAUGUUCGGAAUGCUGGUGGCACAUGAGAGUAUACUUUCUGAAUGCAUAGAUAGUGGGACUGCAGCUCAAUCUCCAUUUGUCAUUGCCAUGAGUCAUACUGGAGUUAAAGUUCUUCCUCAUGUCGUCAACGGGGCUAUUUUAACGAGCGCAUUCUCGGCUGGGAAUAGUUUACUAUUCUGUUCGUCUCGCAUCCUUUAUGGUCUUGCCAUCCGCGGACAAGCACCUCAUUUCUUGACCCGCUGUACCGAGAGUGGACUUCCUCGGAAUGCUGUUCUUAUCUCCAGCAUCUUCUCAUUGCUGUCCUUCAUGAAAUCAUCGUCAGGAGCUGAGACUGUCUUCAACUGGCUUGUCAACAUUUCGACUACUGCGGGUUUCUUAAGUUGGUUGACGAUGAAUUUUACCUAUAUUUACUUCUAUCAAGCGAUACAAGCACAAGACAGGGAUCUUAGAGAGAACACCUACAACAAUACAUUUCAACCUUAUCUGGCGUAUUGGGGUUGUGCAUGGACGGGGAUCUUUAUUCUCAUCAAUGGGUAUACUGUUUUCUUUAAAUUUAAAACUUCUGUGUUCAUUGCUGCUUAUAUCAACAUUCCAAUCUUCUUUUUCAUGUACGUUGGAUACAAGUACUUCAAGCACACAAAGGUCUGGAAACGGACGGAGAGGGAUCUUUUUGUGUGUGACAUCCCUGACAUAGAUGAAACUGAACUCCCAGAAGUCCCACCGAAAAAUAUUUGGGAACGCAUUUUCAGAGUUAUUUUUUAA